AUGGAUAACAUCAGCCCCAGCAUCGUGAUUGAAGAUGAUGAACCAGGCUACAACCUGGACUUAUUUUGCAUUCCUAAACAUUAUGUUGAAGAUCUGGAAAAAGUGCUCAUUCCUCACGGGCUAAUUCUGGACAGGACCGAACGUUUGGCACGAGAUGUGACAAAGGAGAUGGGAGGCCACCACAUGGCUGCCCUAUGUGUCCUCAAAGGUGGCUAUAAAUUCUUUGCUGAUCUGCUGGAUUAUAUCAAGGCACUGAACAGGCAUAGUGAUCAAUCAGUUCCUAUGACAAUAGAUUUUAUCAGAUUGAAGAACUACUGUAACGACCAGUCAGGGGACAUAAAAGUAAUAGGGGGAGAUGAUCUGUCAACCUUAACUGGGAAGAAUGUCCUGAUUGUUGAAGAUAUAAUUGACACAGGGAAAACAAUGCAGACUUUGCUUUCUCUGAUCAAGCAGUAUAAUCCAAAGAUGGUGAAAGUAGCCAGCUUGCUGGUGAAAAGGACCCCACGAAGUGUGGGAUACAGACCAGAUUUUAUUGGAUUUGAAAUUCCAGAUAAAUUUGUUGUUGGCCAUGCCCUGGAUUACAACGAAUACUUCAGAGACUUAAGCCAUGUCUGUGUCAUUAGUGAGACUGGCAAAGACAAGUACAAAGCAUGA